CUAAUCAAGUGCAUGUCCUGCGACGUUUUUCUGGCGCACAAUUCAUCCGCGAUCAGGUCUUAUAUUGUGGUUGCUGAAGAAUGAUGGUAGGCGGGAAGAUUGUGGCCAUAUGCCAGUAUGGAGGACAAUUUGUUACCGAUGGUGAUGGAUCUUUGUCCUAUUCUGGUGGAGAGGCACAUGCUAUUGAUGUUGGUCCAGACAUGCUGUUUGACGAAUUCAACACAGAAAUAUGCAACAUGUUUAACAUUGACAUAACUGGAAUUUCUAUCAAGUAUUUUCUUCCAAAUAACAAAAAAACUCUAAUCACAAUUUCUAAUGACAAGGAUUUACGCCGUAUGAUUCAUUUUAAUGAGAAUGCUACGACUACAGAUGUUUAUAUCUUAAAUAAAGUUGACCCCAGGACAACGAAGAGCAUAGUUGCCGAUUCUCGUACAUCUAUUGUUGCUUCUGGUGUUCAGAACAAACGGAAGAGACUUCAAGGUGGAGCCAGGGCAACAAAAAACAAGCCCAAUGCCUCCAAAUCAGGUACCUUAAAUGCAGCUACCAAUGUCAUUGUAAACAACACCAACUCCAUUAUACAGGGUUCACUGACAAUUUAUGAAAGUAACAGACAGUCAAGACCGAUUGCUACUGCUCAAAGUAUUGAUAACAGGAUCAUUGCAACCGAUUUUGCUAUACCAGGCUUACCUGGUGCUGAUUCAGUGGACAAUUUUAGACAGCAGGGACUUGCUAUUAUUGCUAAUGUUGACGAGAGGGAAAGGAGCAUGUUAUUUGAUCGAGGUGCCUCUCUUCUCUCCUCCAUUGUCGCGCCUGAGAACGUUAGACCUCUUAGUACAAACACUCUUUGGGAUGAUGUUAUCACCGGUGUGGGGCAAGAAUUUGAUAAUGUGAAGGACUUCAGGGGUGAGUUAUGUAAAUAUGCUAUUAGUAAAGGUUUUAUUUACAAAUUUAUCAAGAAUGAAAGUUCUCGAGUAACCGUGAAAUGCUGCAAUGACGAAAAUUGCACAUGGAGGAUACAUGCAUCUGAGUCAUCUCACAAGCAGAAGUUUGUGAUCAAGAAAAUGAAUAGCGAGCACACUUGCGGGGGUGGAAAUGGCAAACUGGGUCAGAGGAGAGCAACAAGACAAUGGCUGACAAGCAUUCUCAAGGAAAAAUUGCAUGAUUCACCACAAAGUAAGCCUAAGGAAAUUUUAAGGGAGCUUUUUGAUGAUUAUGGAGUAAAUUUGACUUAUUCGCAAGUCUGGAGAGGAAGAGAAGUUGCUCAGAAGGAACUAUUUACUAAUCUAAGAGAGACAUACAACCUUCUGCCGUGGUAUUGUGAAAGGAUACUGGAGACAAACCCAGGCAGUGUGGCCAUAUUAUACACAUCUGUCGAUUCCAAAUUUCGCCGUCUUUUUGUAUCUUAUCAUGCUUCUCUUAAUGGAUUCGAGCACGGCUGCCGUCCCCUCAUAUUUCUUGAUAGAAUCCCCUUGAAGUCCAACAUUCAAUGUAAGCUAUUAGCAGCUGCUUCGGUCGAUGGAAAUGACGUCAUCUUUCCGGUUGGCUUUGCUGUCGUGGAGGAUGAAACAUGUGAUAGUUGGCUCUGGUUCUUGGCCCAAUUAAAAUGUGCUUUAACAAAGCCUAGAGCCAUCACCUUUAUUUCUAAUAGACAAAAGGGUUUAGAUGAAGCUGUAGCUCAGGUUUUUCCAGAUAGUUAUCACAGUUAUUGCCUCCAUGAACUCAUAGAGGAUUUCAAAGCAGAACUGAAGAGAGGUCCAUGGUCUCAGCAACAGAAGGAGACAAUGGCUGAUGAUUUCACCCGCGCUGCCCAAGCAUGCACCAUCGAAGAUUUCAACUCUUCCAUCGAGAGCAUAAGGAGCGUUUCAGACGACGUUGCAAAUUGGGUCAUGGCUAGUAAGCCCGAGAAUUGGUCCGAUGCUUUGUUCAGAGGUGCACGGUACGACCAUUUAUCCUCGGACAUUGUCGACUCGUUUUCCAAUUGGAUACCUGUGAAAUGCGAGUCUUCGAUAAUACUGAUACUUGAUGCAAUUCAGAGUAAAAUGAUGGAGGUGAUUCGCUUGAGAAGAGAGAUAUCAAAUACUUGGGUGGGUCAAUUAACACCAUCCAUGGAGCAGAAGUUGCAGAAGGAGGUAGUGAAGUCUCGCAAGCUGAGCGUUUUAUGUUCGUCUGAUACUGUCUUUGAAGUUCGUGGCAACACCAUAUACGUCGUCAACACCGGGGAUUGGGUCUGUUCGUGUCGAAGAUGGCAACUUUCGGGCUUGCCCUGUCCCCAUGCCGUCGCGGUCUGCAAUCGAAUCGAUAGAUCUGUGUAUGAUUUUUGUCUGGGAUAUUUUAGAAUUGAUUGUUACCGUGCAACCUAUGGUGAAUCAAUAAAUCCAAUACCUGAUAUUGCCAACAUUAAUUUUAAUGCUGCUAACUUGUUUGUACCCCCACCUAGACGGACACCCGUUAGACCAAGGAGAAAGCGAUUUAAUC